GAGAGAGAGAAGGGAACACUCAGAGCGUCUCUGUGUCUCUUCCCUCCCUUUCAUUAUCUCAUUCCACAGUGCAGGUCGCAGACGAUGAGCUAGCGGGUCCUUUUCUCUGUAGUGCUCUUCUUGCUCGACGAGAACACAAUUUCCAGAAUUUUUUUUGCUAAUUUCUUAUUGAGCGUUCAACCUCCGCGAGGAGGGGGGUUGGAAGUUGGAGGCGGUGCUGGUGGAACUUCUCCGCUUUAGCCUGGCGAUUUUCGUCGUUUUUUUGGAUCCGAUGGAAGGCUAUGCGGUUGCUGAAUAAUGUUUCGUGCCAUUUUCUCUUGGUUCACGGACGGUCCACACAAAAUUUAAUGCUGCCAUGGAUAGGCCCUCACCAUGCCAGGAUCGACUUGCACGGAAUAGGACCUCAUCCGGACCUUAUUCUAUUUUGUCUUCCCUGGACGGGUUCGUGGAAAUUGGCCUCAGGCUAACAACUUCGUACUGAAAAAAUAGAUCCGGUGAAGUGAAUAAAGGAUCCAUUCUUGGAAAGCUCUAAGGAUCAAAGUUUCUCCGUUGGUCAUCCAAUUAGGCUUAUUGACAUUAUCAUUACUUUGAGAAAAAAGAAGAAAAACAAUCUUAGGACCGAGAAGCUGCUUCCUGCGCUAAACAACCAUGAGUGUGACCAUGUUGUCUUCAACCUUCUCAUCUCCCCAACCUGCUAUUGUCUGCAUUUCUCCAUCCUCGCCCUCCCCGUCCAAACCUGUAAACUCCACAUUGCCCUCUUCAUCGCUAUCUAAAACCAAAACCGUCAAACUUAGAAAAUUCUUUCAUUCACCUCUUCAAGCUUUACGAAGCCCUGUAAGUUCAUUUACUUAUGUCUCUAACAUGAAAAUUUCUAGUUCCCUCCAAACCCAAAUGCUGAACGCCCAAUUGAGCCAGUUUGGCAAGAAGUGGUCUGUGUUCUCUUCAGGGAUUCUUCCACUGAAAAGAAGAUAUGGUGAAGCUUGUGUUAGAUGCAGUCCUCUGGGUGAUGGAGACAAACAAGAAACUUCAUUAGAAGGUGAGAAUAAUCUUAGAAAGGAUGGAGAUGGUGGUGAUUGGACAACUUCGGUGCUUUUGUUUGUAUUCUGGGCAGGGGUCAUGUAUUACGUCUUCCAGCUUGCACCUGAUCAGACCCCUUCUCGGGAUUUCUACUUUCUGCAGAAGUUGUUGAACUUAAAAGGAGAUGAUGACUUUCGAAUGAAUCAAGUGCUUGUGUCCCUUUGGUAUAUCAUGGGUCUGUGGCCACUAGUAUAUAGUAUGCUACUGAUUCCAAGUGCCAGAAGCUCAAGAAGCAGAGUAGCUGUUUGGCCAUUUGUUCUACUAUCAUUCUUUGGUGGUGCAUAUGCCCUUAUUCCUUAUUUUGUUCUUUGGAAACCACCAUUACCUACUGUUGAUGAAGCUGAACUCAAGAAAUGGCCGCUGAGCUUUCUUGAGUCAAAGAUAACAGCAGGAGUUGUAGCUGCUGCAGGCUUUUGCUUGGUUGCAUAUGCAGUUAUGUCCAGUGGUGAGGACUGGAGAGAAUUUUAUCAGUAUUUUCGAGAAAGCAAGUUUAUACAUGCGAUGUCCCUCGACUUCUCACUGUUUACAGCAUUCUCACCAUUCUGGAUUUAUAAUGACAUGACUGCUAGAAGAUGGUAUAGUCGUGGAUCAUGGCUGUUGCCCUUGAGUCUUGUUCCAUUCUUGGGCCCUUUACUGUAUCUGGUUCUGCGUCCAUCUCCUUCAUUGCCUGCAACAGCUGCUUCGACAGCAACAGAAGACCGCUAAAUCAUGUUCAAGCUGUUUUUCCCACUUCUUUCUGUUCUUUUGUUGAUUGUUUGGGCUCCUUGUUGGAGUCAAAAUUAUGUUUGUAUAUUCAAGAUUGUCUGAAGUAUGUAAGUUUAAAUGUACGAUGAUGGAAAGAAAUUGAUGGCAAAGCCAGGAUGCCGGGAAGAAGGUAUUCAAUGUUCAAUGGAAAUUGCAGGGAAGGCUGUAUGAUAAAACAAUAACACGGUCCUGACUGACUGUAGUUUGGGGUUCAACUUCCGACAUUUUUUGCUUGAACAA